AUUUGUAUAUUGUUGUAAUUAUCAAUUAUCGCUCACCGGCUAAACUAUCUUCAAAAUGUAUUCGAUUUGUCGUCAACUUCAUCCUCCUACUGGAGCUGAACAUAGCAUUUAUUGUAAUUUUACAUCACCCUACGAAAAGCAGUUGAUUGUAGCCAGUGUUAACGAACUUCAAGUUUAUAAGAUUAAUCAGAAUGCUGAAUUAUCCCCUAAAGAUAUAUCCUCAAAAAAGACACAUUGUCUGGAAUGCAUAUGCACAUUCAAACUAUUCGGGAAUAUUAUGUCAAUGGAUAAAGUGCGAUUGAAGCACAACACAAGGGAUUCAUUAAUAUUAGCAUUUCAUGAAGCAAAGUGUUCUAUUGUCGAAUUCGACCCAGCAAUUCAUGAUCUACGAACGGUAUCCAUGCACUCAUUUCAAGAUGAGGAAUUUAAGGAAGGAUGUGUUGAUACCACGUCAUAUAUUCCCAUAGUUCGAUGUGAUCCCGAAAAUAGAUGUGCAGCUAUGCUUGUCUAUGAGAGUAGAUUAGCAAUUAUUCCAUUUCAAAGACAAUCAGGACCAGAUGAAGAAUUUGAUACUGAGAAAGAGGAUUUAGAGCAAUCAGUUUUUCCUUCAUACGUAAUUAAACUUAAGAAUUUAGAUGAGAAAAUAUGUAACGUUUUGGACAUGAAAUUCUUACAUGGCUAUUAUGAACCAACCUUGUUCAUUUUAUAUGAUCCACUUCCAACUUGGUCAGGUCGGAUAGCUAUGCGACGUGAUACUUGCAGUUUCGCAGCACUAUCAAUAAAUGCUCAACAGAAAAUUCAUCCUCCUAUCAUUUGGUGUCAGUCGAAUUUGCCUUACGAUUCUCACAUGGUGUUACCUAUACCCAAACCCAUUGGAGGAGUUCUCUUGUUCGCCGCAAAUACUCUUACAUAUGCCAAUCAGAGUGUUCCAUCUUUGUGCAUUGCAGUUAACAAUAUUGCUCAGUUUUCAACAGAGGUUAAAUUCAAAUCAUUAGAUGAUAUUUCUCUAUCAUUGGACUGUUCGAAUGCAGACUUUAUAGACUAUGACAGAUUGGUUUUAUCACUGAAAGGAGGUGAAUUAUACGUUCUAACUUUAAUUACGGACACAAUGAGGGGAGUGAGAGAUAUGCACUUUGAAAAAGCGGCUGCCAGUGUUAUAACAACUUGCGUAAGCAUCUGUGGUCCAAAUUAUCUAUUUCUUGGGUCAAGAUUAGGUAAUUCUCUGUUAUUGAAAUAUAAACCGAAAGACUCUCUCUCGAUUGGGGAUGAACCUACAACAAAGAAACCAAAGUUAGAUGAAGUCAAAGAAGAUUUUGAUAAUUUUGACAAUUUCGAUUUAGUUGUGUAUGGUGAAAACGAUGCUGCAGCUGUAAAGGAAAGCAGUUCAAUAAUGCAAUAUACAUUUGAAGUAUGUGAUAGUCUUUUAAAUAUCGGGCCUUGUGGUAGAGCUGUUCUUGGAGAACCACCUUUUCUUUCGGAUGAAUUUAGUAGAAGAAAUGAUCCCGAUGUUGAACUAAUAACAUCUUCGGGAUACGGAAAGAAUGGAGCUGUGUGUGUUCUGCAAAGAACAAUUCGACCACAAAUUGUUACUACUUUUGAACUAUCAGGAACGCUUGAUAUGUGGACAGUAUUUCAUAAUAAUUCUGAUGAGCAUUCCUUUCUAAUUUUAAGUAGAGAGGAUUGUACUAUGGUCCUUCAAACUGGACAAGAAAUUCUUGAGUUAGACAAUACAGGUUUUACAACAGAUGAGAGUACUAUUUUUGCGGGUAAUAUCGGUCAAUAUACUAUACAGGUAACAACUAGUAGUGUUCAAUUAUUAUUUGGCGAAAAAAAUAUCCAAAAAUUACCCGUGGACAUGGGAUCACCAAUUCAUCACUGUUCUGUUGAUUAUCCUUACGUAUUUCUAGUGGAUCAAAAUGGUCAAGUCUUACAGUUUACUCUUAAAGAAAAUGAAUCGGAAAGCGGGUCGGCACAAUUGAUGCCUGCACAACCGAUGAUAGCUCUAUCGCCUAAAAUAGAUAUCCUAUCUGUUUAUAAGGAUGUUAGCGGUUUAUUUGUUACGGAAAUUGUUGUACCAAAAGACACUGAACCGGAUAAGAAGGUUGAAGUUCCAAAAGUAGAAGUAAAAAACAAGAGUAUAGAUGAUGAAGAUGAAUUACUUUAUGGAGAUGGUGACAAUGUCAUCGAGUCAUCUAAAUCUAAUGAUAAAUUGUCAGAAGCCGAAGAAAAAGCAAAUUAUGAUGAAGGGCACUUUAUACCCACAUAUUGGUUGUUUGUAUCUCGAUCAGAUGGCAGUGUUGAAGUUUAUUCUUUGCCUGACUAUAAAAUGGUUUACUUGAUCGAAAAUCUACCAAUUGGAGAUGCAGUUUUAAUGGAUGAUACGAAGAAUAAAACAAUAAAUAACGAGGCAACACAAAGUUUACAACUGCACGAGCUUCUUAUUGUUGCUCUUGGACCAACGAAAAGUAGACCUUACAUAUUCGCUCGAGUGGAUAACGAUUUGCUCAUCUAUGAAGCAUUUCAGUAUCCAGAUGGUCCAAAUGAUCGAUUAAAGAUUAGAUGGCGUCUUUUUCAACAUAAUCUAAUCUUGCGUCCUCGUUCAAAUAUAAGUGAGGAAGAUGAAGAAGAGGAAGAAAUCUUAAGUGAUAAAAUGAAAUGGCUUCGACCUUUCACUGAUGUUGCUGGCUAUAGUGGUUUAUUUAUUUGUGGACCUUGUCCGCAUUGGGUUAUAAUGACAGGUAGAGGUCAACUACGUCUACAUCCGAUGCCUAUUGAUAACAGAAUAGUAUCGUUUGCUCAAUUCCACAAUGUAAAUUGCCCUAAGGGUUUUCUCUACUUCAAUAAGAGAGAUGAAUUACGGAUAUCAGUCCUGCCAACGCAUUUAUCAUAUGAUGCGCAUUGGCCCGUAAGAAAAGUAGCUUUAAGGGCAACUCCCCAACACAUAGCGUUUCAUGUGGAUAUGAAGCUGUAUGCUGUUGUUACAAGCGUCUCUGAAAAGGCUGUUAAGAUUUGUAAAAUUCAAAAUGAUGGAGAAAAAGAAUUUGAGACUCCCGCCCGGGAUGACAAAUACGUCUAUCCAACUACGGAGAAGUUUUCGCUAAAUUUUUACACAUCAUCGUCGUGGGAACAAGUACCUCAAGUUUCAUUUCCUCUGGAAGAAUUUGAGCACAUAACUGAUUGUAAAAUAGUAACCCUAAAAUGCGAAGGUACUGUUACUGGAUUAAAAGCUUAUGUAGCCUUUUGUACGACAACUGUUCUCGGUGAAGAAGUAACUGCCAGAGGAAGAAUUGUUAUUUUGGAUAUUAUUGAAGUUGUUCCAGAACCCGAUAAACCAUUAACCCGAUUUAAAACAAAAACAAUGCAUGACGACGAACAAAAAGGACCAGUAUCGUGCCUGGCAUCUGUAGAUGGCAAUUUGGUUUCAGCAACUGGCCAAAAAAUUUAUAUAUGGCAAUUACACGAAGGAGAAUUGCGAGGCUUAGCUUUUAUAGACACAACAAUUUAUAUUCAUCAAUUAUGUGUUAUUAAAAAUCUCAUUUUGGCGGCUGACGUUUGCAAAAGCAUUUUCCUAAUGAGAUAUCAACCAGAAUUUAAAGUUUUAAGUGUUGUUAGUAAGGAUGUUGGAUAUGUGGAGACCAUGGGUUGCGAAUUUAUGGUCGAUAAUGCUAAUUUAUGUUUCUUAUCUUCCGAUGCUCAAAAAAAUUUAUUGCUGUAUUCUUUUCUUCCCGAAGUGAAAGAGAGUGAAGGUGGUCAAAAAUUAUUGAGAAAAGGAGAUUUUAACGUAGGCACAAGUAUUACCAGUUUCGUAAGGGUUCGAUGCAGAUGGACUGAUCCAUCAAUAGAGAACUUCGUUGUAGAUAAAAACACCAGCAUGAGACACACAACAUACUAUGCUAGUCUAGAUGGAUGUGUUGGCUAUAUACAGCCUGUCUCUGAAAAAAUUUAUCGAAGAUUACUAAUGUUACAUAAUAUGCUUACCUCAUUUCUUGCCCAUUACGGUGGUCUCAAUCCGAAGGGUUAUAGAUUGUAUCGCCAAAAACAAAAGCUCCUUACGAAUAUAAAUAAGAACGUACUCGAUGGAGAACUAUUAUGGCGCUACAUUCAUCUGAACAAACUUGAACAACAAGAGCUAGCUAGAAGAAUUGGUACUACUGACAGUCAGAUUUUUAGCGAUUUAACGGAAAUAGAUAGAUUGACUGUACAUUUUUGA